GUGAAGGCCUGCUAUUGUGAAUGAAGCUAUCUCGUCUCAGACACUCAGCAGUGACUCACAAAUCUGCUUGUAUUGGAGUAUACUUUUCGAAGAAAUCCCAUGAAAAAUUUGCCUUUACUGUGAUAAAUUUGCUGAGAUUCAACUACAGGAGUGGAGUAAGAGGCGGUUCUUAGGGAGGUGGCGAAACUGGUGCCUGCCAGUUGCCGGAGCUUCUGCAGUCAAUUUCCUCAAAUAGAGAUCAACAACAGGUUCCCAGAGUAUUCGGUCUCUCCAAAUCCAAAAUGGAAGUCUGAAAUUAGAGGGAAGAGAAGAUACCAUAAUGGUGAUUCCCUCCUGCAGUAACUCCAGAUGCCCUUGUUGCUCUAAUUUUUGUUUAGAUGAUCAUCUGCAGUCGCAUCACAUCUCCUCCAGCACUAGCACUAGUUGCUUUGAUUUUGCUUUAGAUGACUAUCUGCAGUCGCAUCACAUCUCCUCCAGCACGGGCACUAGUUGCUUUGAUCUUGUUUUAGAUUUUCUCACCGAGCUUGAGAAGUGCGACCCUUUCGCGGAUUUGUUCCUGGAGUACCCGAAGAAGCAGGUGAGAUUAUUGAAAACCAUUUUUCUGUAUGUCAAAAAUUGUAGGAGGAAGGGGAACCACAAAGCACUUUUGGAGCAUGAUCAGGAGGACACGGGUAAUAUUAUGUCCGAAAGUUUGAGACGUAACAUUAUUUGCUUUAGCAUUCAAGAUGUGGUUGUCAAGAUGUUUCAUGAUCUUUAUUCUGCUUAUCUUCUAUACAAAAAAAUCGUUUCCCCAAAUUUUGGCAUCAUAAUAGGUGCGCUAACCAGAUCCGAGGGAAAUAUCAAAAUGUUUCUUGAGACAGAUAUCAAGAAAUCAUGCGCCAUCAUCUUCUUCGACUGUUACUCACCAGAAGAUCCACAACUACUCAUGGAUCUUAUUGAGUCCCUUUCAGAUAGUCUGGAGGAGCUGUUAUGUGAAUGGAGGCUAUGGGAUACCAUUAGUUGCCAGCUAAAACUCUUGAGGAAUCUCAUUGGCUUGGCAACAAUGCAAGGUUUUGAGCAUACGCAACUUGCAAAUCUCUCAACUUACACUGCAGUUAUGGCUGGACGCCUGAUUUCUGUAUGUCGGUUUGGCAGACAUGAAAUACAAGUGCUCGAUCAAAUUAAUCUUCUUGAUCUCCAAGUCCGAGAAACUUGUAUCCAUGUCCUGACAGCUUCAAAGAAACAACCAAGAUCAUCGUAUGCUUUAGCCCUUAAGGAGAAUGAGGAUCUAGGGGUAGUCCAAUUUAUUGGUUCUCUCCAUGAUUAUCUCUACGAUCUACUAGAAUCUUAUGCCAGUUUUCAGGCUCAAGUGAAGGAUCAGAUGCUAAAACUCCAUCGGGGAAUAAAAUACCUAAGUAUCCUUCUUAAACAGAAGGAGAAACUACGUGAUGAAAUACAGGAUCUUAUUGGAGUUAUGGUCUGUGAUGCAGGAAUUCUGAUCUUCUCUCUUUCUAUCAAUGAAAUCAAAGAAGGCUUGCCCAAGGAAACGGAUCUUGGGCUGUUUCAUUUGCACAAAGUUCUCAAGUAUUUGGUGGCAGAGGUUGCACACAAUUACCAACUAACAUCACCAUAUUCAUCAUUUAAUUAUCCUAGAUCCAAUGAGUUGGGCUGUAUGGAAUUUUUCCUAGAAAAUCUCAAGGAACUAGCAAGGUGUGAUGAUGCUAAUGAUUCAAUUGUUUUUCUACAGGAUAGAAUCCAAAGGAUCGAAAAAGAUCUCGAAUUCUUGAGACAUGUCCUCGUGAAUAUCAAGGAGCAGCGCUAUCAGAAUGGAAAACUCCAAGCUUUUUGGAGCCAGGUUAUGGAGGCUACAUACAAGGCAGAGUUAUUGAUUGACACGACACUAGUUGGUGAUAAGUGUGAAGAUUCUUUGGAUGUUGUUGCUAGAGAUAUCAAUCUUCUGAAGAUUGAGGCCCUGGAGAUACAAAAUGGUCAAAUCCAGAGAGUUAACAAGACGUCCAUUCACAUACCAUCACAACUUAUUGCUGCCAUACACCAUGAAGAUCUGGUGGGUCUCGAUGACAAGGUGAAAUCUAUCAUUGAUCGACUUAGGAGUGGAUCAAAGCAGUUGGAUUUUGUUCCCAUUGUAGGUAUGCCUGGGCUUGGCAAGACCACAUUAGCCAAAAAAGUUUAUAUUGCUGAUUCAGUUAUGUCACAUUUCCAUGUGCGUUGCUGGUGUUGUGUCUCUCAAAUGUAUAGCAUGCAUAGUUUGUUAGUUCAGCUUUUGUGUAGUAUUUCUUCUGAGAAUCCUGACAAAUAUCUUAAGAAGAAUGAAAAUGAUUUGGCUGAGAAUCUAAGGCAGGUUUUGCUGAGAAGAAGGUAUCUCCUUGUUUUGGAUGACUUGUGGGACGUUGAGGCAUGGAAUUUGUUGGAAAAAUCAUUGCCGAAUAAUGCCAAUGGAAGUAGGAUUCUCUUCACCAGCAGAUUGCAGAAUUUGUCUUCGCAAUUCAGACCUGAUAGCAAGUCUUACCAUCUCUGCCCACUUACUGAUGAAGAGAGUUGGACAUUGUUGCAGAAAAAGCUAUUUUUCAAAGAAGGCUGUCCUCCAACACUAAGUGAAGUUGGAUUUCAAAUAGCGAAAACUUGUAGGGGCUUACCCCUCACAGUUGUCCUUGUAGGUGGAAUUCUUGCUACUACUACACAAGAUAGAUGGGAAGAAGUUGCAAAAUGUCUAAACUUUAUUGUACUUGACAAUAAAGGCUGUAAGAAGACACUUGAGUUGAGUUACAGUCAUUUACCGGAUUAUUUGAAGCCAUGCCUUCUAUACUUUGCUGCAUUUCAAGAAGAUGAGGUUAUUAACGUGCGAAGGUUGUUAUGGCUUUGGAUCGCUGAAGGAUUGGUGCAACAAGCUAAAGGAAAAAGUUUAGAGGAAUCGGCUUAUGACUACUUGAUGGCUCUAAUUAGUAGAAGUUUAGUUGUGGUUACCAAACAAAGAACUAUGGGUGGAGCCAAAGCCUGCCAACUUCAUGAUUUGGUACAUGAGUAUUGUGUGGAAAAAGCCAAAGAAGAAAGUUUUGUAUGUGUUAUUCAUAUUUUGAAAGACUCUUUCAGUCUUGCUGGAUUAAGCAACCACUACCGAGUUCGUGCUCACAAUACCGGGGAAUUAAAGAUUUGGGAAUUAAUGCUAAUUUUUCCCAAUUUACGCAGUUUGCUCUUGUCUGGACUUGUUGGUAAUUAUUAUCUAACUGAAAAGGAGGAGUUAGGGACUUUGUUACCUAAACUUCUUAGAGUGCUGGAUUUGGGGAGAUAUAAUUAUGUACCAAUGGAAGUGGCAUCGCUUGUUCACUUGAGAUACCUGGUGCUCCAUGGAACAAGAUCCAUCCCAUCUGCGAUAGAGAACCUCUCAAGGUUAGAAACUCUUAUCGUAGAACACCCGUUUGAUCAAAUUGAGCUGCCAAAUACUAUUUGGAACCUUAAGAGAUUGAGUUAUCUAUGUACUACAGAUAGGACUCGUGGUUUCAUUUUUCCAGCUGAAAAUCUUGAAGUGUCCCCAAAUUUAGUUCAUUUAGACACUUUAAACCUUACAAUAAUUGAACCCUUCUCCCAAAGCUUGCAAAAGAUACUAGCAAAGUUACCAACCAUCCGCAGGCUAAAAUGUAGCUGCAAAAGAUCCCAGCCAGCUCGUAGACUCACUUUUGCAACUAGAAGUAGCAAAGAGAUUCUUGAGUUUGACUGUAUGAGACGACUAGAAUCACUUCAUUUGAUUGAAUUAAAGGGAUAUGAAUUUAAAUUCCCUUUGAAUUUGAAGAAGUUGACUUUCAUAUUUAAUUAUCAGCCAUGGAGUGAAAUUUCAACAAUUGGAAAGUUGCCCAAUCUUGAAGUGCUUAAAUUACGGUCUGAAUCCUUUGUCGGAGAAGAAUGGGUAAUGAAAGAAGGGGAGUUCCCUAAACUCCGAUUCUUGGAAUUGUCAUGGUUGAGCAUUCGCAACUGGACUGCAACUUCUGAUAAUUUUUGCCAUCUUGAGAAAUUGGUUGUGUGCAAUUGUUUGAAGCUGGAAGAGGUUCCUGCUUGUUUGGCAGAAUGUCUGACUCUUGAAAUGAUUGAGGUAAAAUGGUGCCGUGAGUCUGUUGCAAAUUCAGUAAGGCAAAUUCAGCAAGAACAGAUGGAUAGUGGAAAUGAGGUUCUAAAGAUCAUAAUUAAAAAUUGUCAUGAGACAAAUUGCUCAGAAGCAGAGGAGAUUUCCUCCAAUUGCUCAGAAGCAGAGGAGAUUUGCUCAGAAAGAGAGUUUAUUUUGUCUCACUAUACUUGAACUGGGUGAGAGUGAACGUACAGUGGGAUUCCACUCAUCAGGUGAUCUGUGUACCUCUUCAUUCAACUGAUGUAGAACUGCAAUUGUUCCUUCUUCAUGAGUAGAUUUGGGAUGAAACUGAAGCAUUCAUGUCUUUUCUUAAUUUGGUGUGAUCACUCCACUCAUCAGGGGCAAGCACAGUCAUGCAUUCUAUCAAUCCAUUGUAAUAUAUCUUUGUAUAAUGUUCUCCAUGUUCCUUCUGGUUUGAUGUCUAAUAGUGCUUAUACUUUAUCAUAAUGCUGCUACAGAUUGAAAUGAUCCAUAAAGGGUA